GAUUACGAUUACUCGGUGCUAUGUAUUUUUAUUCACAAGGAUGCACCCCCAGGAGUCGGCCCAUGCACGCUGCCUUUGACUUUCCGCCUUUUCCUGCCAGAAUCCCAGCCAUGGGAGCCAUGGCAGCCAUGGCAGCCCAUCAAUGCCAUGGCAGCGGCUCUGGGCAAUGUUGAACCUCAGGCCAAAUGUCCUCCGUAGCUUUUCUCAACCCUCCAUAAACCUCUCUCCGCCUCCCCCUUCGGUUCCUUUUAUCUUGCCUGUGUGCUCCGUCCUCUAUCCUCCCCUCCUGUCCCUAACAUCGCUCGCUGGUGGCCCCCAGAGCGUACCCCAACACUAGCGAGCCCCUGUUCCCUACGUACGGAGUGCAGCCUCAUCCUUCCGAUAGCCCGCCCUGGCACCUUUCCUCUUGCAUGGCAUGCCUUCGAUCCCGCCGCAGCUCUCGCACCUGCGACGCUCCCUCCUCCCCUCCGCAGACUCGUCCAGCGCCGGCGCGAGGAGAGAUGGGAGACAGAACGUGACUUGGGUCGAGGGCGUCCGCGGAGUAGCCUCAUUCUUCGUCGUCGUCACCCAUCUCUGCCGCGCAUGGGAUUACUCGCUGUGGUUCCCCAGGGACAGCGAGGAUGCUGCUCCCAGGCUCCUCCAGCUGCCCUUCCUCCGACUUCCCUGGCAGGGCCGCAUAGGAGUCACCAUGUUCGCUUUCCUGACGGGCUACGUCUGCGCCAUCAAGCCUCUCCGCCAGGCCAAAUCCGGUAAUACGUCGGCUGCCCUCUCCACGCUGGCCAAAUCCGCCUUCCGCAGGCCGCCGCGCUUGAUCCUCCCCUCGACGAUUGCCAUCCUCGUCGCCUGGUUCUUUGCUCAGAUUGGAGGCUUCACCGUCGCCCACCGCUGCGACUCGGAGUGGUUGAGGACCUCGAGUCCUCAGGAUAUCGGAAGUCUGGACACGGAGAUUCCCCGUCUGUUCAGACAGUUGCAGAGGAACUGGGUGGAGAAUCACAACGACUACGACGACCAUCAAUGGGCCUUGGAGCCCCUCCUCCGAGGCGCCUUCAUGAUCUACGUUGUCCUUUUUGCGACCAUGUACAUGAAGAACAAGUUCCGGACAUUCACUCUCUUGGUGCUCUUAUGCUGGCACUGGCUGGACUACACCGGAUUUGUUGAAACCUUCGCCCUCCAGUUCCUCUACGGCGUCCUCCUCUGCGACAUGGGCUCCGAGCCCUGGUUCCGCGACCUCUGCGCCCGCUGGCCCAACACCCGCCGUGCCGUCCAAACCCUCCUCAUCCUCCUCGGCAUCUACGUCGCCGGCUACCCGCUCGAGCGCCCCGAAUGGUCCACCUGGUCCUCCCAGCUACAAUGGCUGGGCACCUACAUCUUCCCGCCCGACGCGGAUUGGCCCCGCCGGUGGACGGCCGUGGGCUGGGACAUGGCCGUGACGGGCAUCUGGCUGUCCCCGACGCUGCAGUCCAUGUUCAGCAACGGCAUGUUCAUGUGGCUGGGACGCAAUAGUUUCGCCGUCUACCUCACCCACGGGACCGUACUGCGCGUCUUCGCCGCCCGGUUGAUCUACGGCUGGUCCGGGCAGCCGUAUUCGGUCGAGAAGGACGAGAAAGGCGAGGAUGUGUAUCAUUAUAUCCCCCGACCGGGCACGGGUGUAUUCAUGAUCGCCAUUCCCGUCUUCUUCCUCGUCGAGUAUACGAUUGCGAGUCUGUGGACGACGUAUGUGGAUGCGUGGUGUGCGCGGCUGACCAAGUCGUUGGAGGAUGCCGUGUUUGACAAUGAGGAGGAGGGCGAGAAGAGGGGGAUGCAGUUUGCAUAGAGCAGCGAGCAGAAAAGAAGAAGACGAGGAGGAAAAGGGAAAAACAUAUUUAUUGACCGGACUCUAGACAUCCGUAUUCGCGCCGCUGCAUCCGCGAAACCUCAUUUGUAUGGGGUUGCUACACUUCUUCGACACACUACCAUCGCCAUUUACAUCCGAAUGGCCACUUUUUUUCAUCGUGUAUAUAGAUUGCGACACGCAUCCGCUACGACUACUCUUCAUUCAUUGGAAACCGGACGCAUGGACGGACGGAUGGACGGCGCAUGCGGCGUAUAUUCUUUCUUCUUCAAGACGCAGACCUUCCUUUGCGGAGUCAUCAGUUUGUUCUAGUCUUUUUCUUUUUUUGGGAUUCCUGCAUGCAUUUUCUUGGGGUGGGUGUGGGCAAUUAAAUAAGAGGGAUAUAUGUAUAUAGUUCCACUUAGUACGUAGCCUACUAACAUUAGAAGGCAGCUAGUACCGGGAAAGAUGUCGAAUGCUACUUAAUAUGUGUGGA